AUGGCCGAGGUCUGCGGAACCAAUGACCCCGCAUUUGACUCCGUCAGGGAGCUGCUGAAGCAACGAAUUUCUUCAGGAGAUGAACUAGGUGCUUCUCUUUUUGUGAAUAUUGACGGGAAAGAUGUACUCGACUUGUGGGGUGGAUAUACCGAUGUCGCGCGCACCAAAUUAUGGGACAAGGACACCGUCGCUCCAGUCUGGUCCUGCUCAAAGGUAGUCACCAACCUCGCAGCUUUGAUUCUCAUUGACCGCGGCCUGCUCGAUGUCAACGAGAAUGUCGCAAAAUAUUGGCCCGAGUUUGCCGCCAAUGGUAAAGAAAAUGUUAAGGUGUCCCAUAUCCUCAGCCAUACUUCGGGUUUGCCUGCUUGGGAGCCUCCCGUAACAAUCGAGGAUACACUGGACUGGAAAAUAUCCACUGAAAGACUGGCGUCCCAGGCUCCCUGGUGGACUCCUGGAGACGGUAGCGGUUACCACCUCUCAAGUCAGGGGUAUCUUGUGGGUGAGAUUGUCCAACGCGUUAGUGGCAAACCCUUUAAGGAGUUUGUCGCUGAUGAAAUCACCGGGCCGUUGGGUGCUGAUUUCCAAUAUGGACUUCCGGAUGACGAAAAGACACGUACGGUGGAGAUCAUUCCGCCACCGAGGUUUUCGUUCCAGGAUCUCGACCCAAAUACAACCCCUGUCAGAGCAAUUAUGGGAAGUCCUAUGACGGCCGAGACAUCAAUGGGCCCCGUGUUUCAAAAGGCUGUUUCGCCGGCCUCUAACGGAUUCUCUAAUGCGCGUGGUCUGGCCCGUAUUUGCUCUAUUGUAUCACUUGGUGGCACUGUUGAUGGAAAUACGCGCAUUUUGCAGCCUAGCGCUAUUGACAAACUCCUUGAAGAGCGAACCGAUGGGGUUGAUCGAAUUACUUUUGAUUAUGUUCGAUUUGGCCUUGGGGUGGGCCUAGGAGACACACGAACUCGUCCAUGGAUCCCCGUGGGUGAUACCUGCUUCUGGGGAGGUUGGGGUGGUUCCUUUGUUAUCAUGGAUCGAAAGCGACGUGUUACUAUCGGCUAUGUCAUGAAUAACAUGGCGGCGACUGGCACCCUUGGAAACCCCAAUACAGAGGCCUACAUUCGGGAGAUUUAUGAGCUGGUAAAUCGAUCCCUCUUUUAA